GAUAACAGGCUCGAAGGUUGAGUCAGCAAGUCUUUUAUAUCAUCUUUAAAUUGAAAAGAAAUCAUGGAUGAAUCGGCGGGAAAAGUGACGAAUAGAAGAACAAUUUAAGUUUGGUGUACAAUAACAUGGUUGAAGUGAUUUUAAAUGCAUUUCAUUAAAAAAAAUUCGGCUGAGCAAUAUAUUUUGCUGAUUUGACCGUAUCUAAUCUAUAUGCGGAAAGCAUAUCGCAUCGUCCAAUCCACACGUGAAGUGAUAUUUUCGUAUUUAAUCAUUGAUGAAUCAUGAAAUUCUUACGAUAUAUGGUGUCAACUCAUCGUAAAGUUGUAAUCGUUAAACUCGAAAGAAAAAACGAAAAUCGACAUGUGCAAAGAGUUGCAUUAGUUUGAAUGAAGUGAUCGACUAAAGGAAUCUCUGCGGUUGGUAUAGUGAAAUUGAUAAAAUUUACUGUGACAAGUGGGGGCGCGUGAGUGUUCACGAAGUCCACAUGCACAUCUAUACUACCACACGCGCACAUACACGCACACAGACAGUCCGCUGUAUUGUCGCGCCUUUGCUGCAGUCAAGUGACAGAUGUCAAAUGGAACGUAUUUUUUUGUUGCCUAAAAGAGAUUCAAUACCAAUGUUUCUCGCUUGUAUCGCACAGAACAAUAAAAAAAAGGAUAAAGUGGAUUAAAACAGAAAAUUCAACGAAGUAUCAAAUCGAACUGUGUGCUGUGUUUGGACCAAAGAAAAUGCAUGCAAACGCGCAUAAAUCGCAAAAAUAAUGUAUAGAAAAUUGAUAAAUCGCAUAAAAUAGCUUCGAUAACCGUUUCUUUUCCUGUUUUAUUUUUCUUCGUCUUCAUUUCAACUAGAUAAACGCAGCGCCAACAAGGGACAGUGGAAGAGAACUGUUGUACUGUGUAAAUUGGGAUUUGAUUGAUAAAAUUCUGGGUCAGAAUGUAUCAAAGUGCUUGUACAGCAGCUGGCUGCACACAGCCCGAACGCGAUCGUGAGGGUUUAAUUGUAAAUGAGCCCGUGGUGCCACCAGUUGAUGACUACAGUGGAUUCGAUAUUGUCAAGGCAACGCAAUACGGUGCCGUUGCUCGUGUCAAAGAACUGCUCGACGCUGGAUGGGAUGUCAAUCAACCAGAUAGUGAAACGGUGAGCCUACUCCAUUGGGCGGCCAUAAAUAAUCGCAAAGAAAUUAUCAAAUUGUUUCUGGAACGUGGUGCUAGUGUUGAUUCAAUCGGUGGUGAAUUGCAUGCAACACCGUUACACUGGGCCACACGACAAGGCCAUUUAAAUGCAGUGGUUCUGCUGAUGGCAGCCGGUGCUGAUCCAAGCCUACGAGAUGCUGAAGGAUGCUCGUGCAUACAUUUGGCCGCACAAUUCGGACACACAGCGCUUGUGGCAUAUUUCAUUGCACGCGGCGUGAAUCCAGAUCUACACGAUCGCGGCGGAAUGACGGCAUUGAUGUGGGCUUCAUGGAAAGUCUGUGCAUUGGAUCCCGUUCGAUUGCUCCUCACGCUCGGCGCAAAUCCAAGCCUAGUCGACUCAUCACAUGGAAAUACUGCACUACAUUGGGCAAUCCUAGCCAGAAAUACUACAGCAAUAAGCACAUUAAUAUUAAAGGGAAAAGCUAGUUUAGAUAUUGCAAAUUUACGUGGUGACACACCACUGAAGAUGCUACAAGUUAAUGCUGGAUCAAUUUGGAUCGGUUCAAAGGUGAUGGAACGCAUUCGCGAGGAGAGUCAGUCAAGUCAACGGCAAAAUUUCAUUAUCAAGUUAACAAUAGAUAAACGGGUCCGAUGGUAUGCAAUGGUUGCAACACCAUUUCUAACUUUCUAUAUAGCUGGUCUAAUAUUUGGUGCGGACACACUGUAUAUAAUCAAAUUUUUCCUGUUGGGCUGUCUGUAUGGAGCCGUUCAUAGUAUAGGCAAAACAAUGUUUGAUGAACACUUAAUGUCACUGUUACCACUUAGUGUUUAUAUGGCAACAAAGCUUUGGUUUUAUGUGACAUGGUUUGGAUAUAUUGCACCCACCGUUUCAUCGACAACCACCCUUCUAUUCCUAUUAUCUAGUUUCAUUCUAUGGUAUUGCUUUUUGAAAGCAUGGCGCGGUGAUCCGGGUGUUAUAAAACCAACACAAGAGCAGAGAUUCCGGACAAUAAUCGAAUUAUCGGAACGAGGUGGCAGUGGCUUUGAAUCGGCCUUAUUCUGUUCGGGAUGCUUGGUGAGACGGCCGGUUCGAUCUAAGCAUUGUUCAGUUUGUGAUCGUUGUGUUGCUCGCUUCGACCAUCAUUGCCCAUGGAUAGGCAACUGCAUUGGUGCAAAUAAUCACAAAUAUUUCAUGGGAUUCCUGUAUGCCUUGCUGAUGAUGUGCAGUUGGAUGAUUUACGGUGGAGCUAAUUUCUAUAUGAGCGCCUGCAAUAUUACAAUGGAAGAAGGUCCCAUCAACUCAAUAGUUGCGAUUGGUCAGUGCAAUCCUUGGAUCGGUUGGGUUAUUGCCAACGCAUUGCUUCACAUAGGAUGGGUAGCAUUACUGACAAUUUGUCAAACAUAUCAGAUUGUAUGGUUGGGCAUGACAACAAAUGAGCGAAUGAAUCGUGGUCGCUAUCGUCAUUUCCAAGCGGCUGGUGGAAAGAGUCCAUUCAACCGUGGACCAAUCAAAAAUCUGGCUGAUUUCUUUGAAUGUAGCUGCUUUGGCCUGGUACAACCAGUGAAAACUGACUGGAUGACAUAUUUUGAAUUAGAAAAGAGCAUUGAACACGAACCCUUACUAAGAGCUACCGAUAACUACCAGUAUGUCUAAUAAUUUAGGAAAACUCAUACAUUUCUAAUUCUCUGUUCUGUUCCUUCGUGCGUUUUUCUUUUGUUUUGCAUUUUGAUAUUUUGCAAAAGAAAAACCAAUUGUAUAAUUGAAACUUUUUUUCUUGUUUGUUUUUAUGUUUUGGUUGUUCGUGAAUAUUCUCUCUUUGUUUUGGUUAAUAUUUUCCUAUUUUGUUCAUUUUCACAAAACAAACCAUUAAAUCGAAAACCAUCUAUUCUCAGCGAUGAGAGACAGACUAUGUGAUCAAUCACUGACGCUUUGUUCUUCAAUAAGUUUAAAUUAUAACGCGCGCGCGAGCAUUUAUGAAUUCCAUUUUUCUAGAAAACAAAAUAAAAAAAAACCAACUACAGCAAAACAA